AUGGAUACAUGAUACAGUCGUUUAAGGCAGUAAAAUUCAAAACAGUACGCCAACACUUAUCUUUCCAGGUGCUUGAACGCUAUAAUACUAUUUUACAUUAGUCGGCUCAGCUAAAUCGGCGGCUGCGAUGGAGGCCGUGCCGCGAAUGCCGAUGAUCUGGCUGGAUCUGAAAGAGGCUGGAGAGUUUCAGUUCAGCCCGACUGUCAAACAGUUCAUAUUGAAAAACUAUGGGGAAGAUCCUGACAAUUACAAUGAGCAGUUAAAGAAACUGGAGCUAUUGCGACAGAGUGCUGUGAACGUCACACGAGACUUUGAAGGAUGCAGUACCUUACGGAAGUACUUCGGGCAGUUGCACUAUCUGCAGAGUCGCGUGCCUCUUGGAUCGGGGCAGGACGCUGCUGUCCCUGUCUCCUGGACAGAGAUAUUUUCUGGGAAGACAGUGACUCAUGAUGACAUUUGCUAUGAGCAAGCCUGCAUCCUUUAUAAUUUGGGAGCACUGCAUUCAAUGCUGGGAGCCAUGGACAACAGGGUGUCCGAAGAGGGAAUGAAAGUAUCUUGCACACACUUCCAAUGCUCAGCUGGAGCAUUUAACUACCUGAGAGAUCACUUCAGCCACAACUUCAGUGUGGACAUGAGCCACCAGAUCCUUAAUCUCAACAUCAACCUCAUGCUGGGUCAGGCUCAAGAGUGCCUGUUGGAAAAAUCUAUGUUAGACAACAGGAAGAGCUUCCUUGUUGCUCGCAUAAGUGCACAGGUAGUGGACUAUUACAAAGAGGCAUGCAGAGCUCUGGAGAACUCUGAAACUGCCUCAAUGUUGGGAAAGAUACAGAAAGACUGGAAGAAAUUAGUGCAAAUGAAGAUUUACUACUUUGCUGCAAUUGCACAUUUGCACAUGGGAAAACAGGCUGAAGAGCAGCAAAAGUAUGGAGAGAGGGUUGCUUACCUACAAAGCUCAAUAGACAAACUCAAUGAGGCCAUUAAGUUGGCUAAGAGUCAGCCAGACAGUGUACAGGAAGCCCUUAGAUUCACCAUGGAUGUCAUUGGGGGAAAAUUUAAUUCUGCCAAGAAAGACAAUGACUUCAUUUACCAUGAAUCUGUGCCAUCUUUGGAUACGUUGACCUCAGUGAAAGGUGCCCCAUUGGUCAAAGCCCUGCCUGUGAACCCAACAGACCCUAGUGUCACUGGCCCAGACAUUUUUGCGAAGCUGGUGCCCAUGGCUGCCCAUGAGGCCUCCUCUCUGUACAGUGAAGAGAAGGCCAAGCUGUUACGGGAUGUCAUGGCAAAAAUAGACAGCAAGAAUGAGACACUAGAACAGUUUAUGGACUCUCUCGGUCUGGACCCAGACUCAGUGGAUAACAUGGAGAUGUAUAAUAACAUUCCCUCUGUGCUUAUGGAAAAAUGUGCAGCGUUGAGCGUCAGACCUGAUACUGUGAAAAACCUCAUCCAGUCAAUGCAGGUCCUGUCAGGUGUAUUCACUGAUGUAGAAGCCUCUUUACGGGAGAUUCGGGAUGUUUUGAAUGAUGAUGAAGCAGGGGAGCGAAGCCUGGAGGAGGCUGCCGGAAAGCAGGCUGUACCCGAAUGGCCCUCAACCCUGGCUGAGCUGCGAAGGGACCUGGAGAAGUAUUUGGAAGCUCACGAGAAAGCCAGCUUCACCAACACAGAACUUCAUCGGGCCAUGAAUCUGCACAUCAGCAAUCUGAGACUCCUUGGUGGACCGCUGGACACUCUUAGAGAGGCAUUGCCAAGGCCUCAACUUAGUGAGGAUGAGGUGGCAGGCCUCCAGACUAUGAAGAGGAUUCUGGCUAAAGUGCAAGAGAUGCGGGACCAACGAAGCUCCCUGGAGAAGCAGCUAAGGGACCUCAUCCAGCAGGACGACAUCACUACUGCUCUGGUCACAACUGAACGCACUGACAUGAAGAAACUGUUUGAGGAGCAGCUAAAGAAAUACGAGCAGGUCAAAGUAUACAUUGAUCAAAACCUGGCAGCUCAGGAGAAUAUCCUGAAGGCACUGACAGAGGCUAAUGUCCAGUAUGCCACAGUGCGUAAAGGCCUGGCAGAAACUGAACACAAAUGGAACAGCACUGUACAGAUGCUUGUGGCCUCCUAUGAGGCAUAUGAAGACCUUAUGAAGAAAUCUCAAGAGGGUAAAGAGUUUUAUGAAGAUUUGGAAGCCAAAGCCUCUCGCUUACUGGAAAGAGCCAAAACAGUUUGCAAGGCCCGAAAGGAGGAGAGACAAGUUAUUACGGAAAAAGAACAAAAAAAAAAGGCUCCCCAAAGACCCACUGCUCCCAAGCCACCCCAGAAGAAAGGCCAAAGUGUGGAUCCUGCCAAUUUAGAUGACCCUGAACUUGCCCAGCUAACUGCUGCUAUCCUAGCCCUUGGUGGGGAUCUACCUGAAGAGCUACGCAGCAUGCCUCCUGAAUUUACCAUUUCACAUUCUAGUCAUCCUCCUUCACUUUCCAGGGCCACUGCUAGCUCUGUUCUGAACUGGCCUGGAGCUGGCUCAUCUUUAAUCUACGAAUCACCCAGAUUUCCCCCAAAUUUUCCCCCUCCUGAAGUUCUUGCUCAAAUCUCCCACUUCCCAUCACGUCACCUGUCUCAGACUUUUAGUCAUAAUCUUCCCCAACCUCCUCUGCCUCGGCAGCAGUUCCCACAGCUGCCCAAUCCACAGUUGCUCAACCCUCAGGUUCUUCCGCCACAGCCUGUGCCCGGGUACUACCCUCCAACAUCACAGAACCAAUCUGGCCCACCCAGUACUCUUGUCCGACCUUCCACCACUACGGUGGAUAGUGUGCAGACACCUAUUCCUAGCUACAGUCCUGCAUCUGCCCAGGCAGUUAUGCCUUCCCCUGCCCAACACCAGCCUGUGCCUUCCCCUACCCCACACCAGCCCAUGCCUCCCCCUGCCUCGCACCAACUGGUUCCACCUCCCAUGCAAUCAGUAUAUACAGCUGCACGUCAUAUGACACCCCAUGUUCAGUACAUGCAACAGCCUGGUGUUCCCAUCAGCCAACCUCCACAGGCAAUUCCGACCCCUCAGCAACAGCCCCAACUUCAUUCUCAGCAGCUAUUUGCUCAGCAAAGUGGUCAAAGCCAUUCACAGCCAUAUUAUCCAACUGUACCAGCUCAACAGCAAAUGCCCAGACCAUUGACUGGGCCUCAGCCUUCACAGCAAACACAGCCUCAAUUCCCUCACUACAUAGCCCAAACAAGACAACCUGGACCACCAAACUUUCAGCAACCUUUAAUCCAAGGACAGUUUGCAUCCAAUAUGCACUCUGCUUCAGCUGGCCAUGUGCAGCCCCAUCAGGGUUAUCCCCCCGUCUCGUUUUUGCAGAAUACCCAACCACCACAAAUUAACACUGUCACCCUGGGUCAAAUGCCUCAUCACGGCUUACCUCCCCAAAUGCCACCAUCUUCCCAGCCAGUGCCCCCUGGGUCAAUGCCACACUUACCCCACGUCAAUCCGCAAAUACCUUCGUCCUCUCAGCCAGUGCCUCCUGUGUCAAUGCCACACUUAGCCCAUGUCAAUCAACAAAUUCCCUCUGCUUCCCAGCCUCAAACACUCCCUGUCAAUCAGCAGUUUCCCCGUGCUCCUCACCCUCAAAUACCCCCAUCUUCUCAUCAUUUUGCCUCUGCACCAAAUAUGCAAGUACCUCCUGCUUCAAAACAUAUGCCUCCUCCCCACCAGCCACAAAUGCUUCCACCAUCCACUCACAUGUCACCCCCUUCUCAUCCACAAAUGCCCCCAGUCUCCCAAUCACUGUCUCACUGCUCCCAAUCCCAAGUACUCCCUGCUAAUCAGUCUAACCUUCAACCUGCAUAUUCAGCAGUUCCUCCUAUGGCUACUGUUCAAAUUCAACCUCUGAUACCCCAUGCCCCACUCUCAUCACAGGUACAUAUGCACCCCAGUACACUUUCUUCACAGCACCAAAACUACCCCCAUCCUCACACCAUUCCCCAGCAGUGUCCUCCAGCACUCCCCCACAAUAUCUACAAACCUCAGCAGACCAUUCCUCCUGGCUCUGCAGCUAUGAGUUAUAUAGGAGGUGUCCUUAUGGUUCCCAACCAAUCUGUGGCCUCUCCACAGCCUCAAUCCCAGCCACCCACUUCACAGCCUUUAGCCCCACAACAGCUACCCCCGGGAGGCCCUGUAUCUUAUGCUAUUCCACAAGGUGGGAACAUACCAACUGGAACAAUGCAGCAUCCCUCAGCAGCUGUCACCCCAGGGCCCCAGUCUCUUUCUCAAAGCAUGAUCCCUCCAUCCUCAGGAGCACCAGGGGCCCCACAGCCCCUAGUGCUGCCUUCUGCCCCAUCACCUUCUCCCUCUCCUGGCCCUCCAUCACUAAGUAUGGUCACCCAGAGACCAUCUCCUACUCUCACUCCAGUUGGAGGAACAGCUCUACCGCAGACCUCAGGAAAAGUCCCAACCCCCACUGGUCCCAUGCCUCCACCUGACCCCACCCUAUUUCAGCGCCAGAACUCUAGUACUGAUGACUUGCUAUCCUCCAGCCCAGAGAGCCAGCAUGGAGGCACCAAGGACACUGCCAAUGUCUUACUACCCACCAAAGCUGAUCCUCAAGAAGAGCAUCACAGAAAAAAAGCAGAGAGUGUGAGACUUAUCCAGGGUGACCCUUACCAAGCACCAGAGAGGGUCUCAAAGCUCAGCACAGAGCUGGGGCAAUUUCGGUCAACAGUCCAAUCUUUGGAGCGUCCAUCAGGGCAGGGAGGUCUGUCGGAACUUGACGCUCGAUGGAAAAAACUGCAGGAGCAGCAGGAGAAGGAUACUCGGCAACUCUCUAUCGCCAUUGCUCGCUGCUAUACCAUGAAGAACCGCCAUCAGGAUGUGAUGCCUUAUGACUCCAAUCGAGUUGUUUUGCGUUCCGGUAAAGAUGACUAUAUUAACGCUAGCUUCAUUGAAGACCUGUCUCCAUACUGCCCCCGCCUCAUUGCAACACAGGCCCCUCUUACUGGCACUGCAGCCGACUUCUGGCUAAUGGUUUAUGAGCAAAAGGUGUCUGUAAUUGUCAUGCUUGUGUCAGAGCAAGAGUUGGAAAAGCAAAAGGUGUUGCUGUACUUUCCAUCGGAGAGGGGGCAACAGCUUGCCCAGGGACCAAUCACUCUAACACUGACCACCCAGAAGAGUACUCCCACCCAUGUAGAGCGUAUGAUAGGACUACAGUAUCGGGACCAGAGUCUGAGACGCACUGUCAUUCACCUACAGUUUACUUCUUGGCCUGAAUUGGGUCUUCCAGAGAGCAAAAGCAAUCUUAUCCGUUUCUUCCAAGAAGUCCAUGGACAUUACCUACUUCAACGCCCACUACACACUCCAGUUGUAGUGCAUUGCAGCUCUGGUGUUGGUCGUACUGGUGCCUUCUGCCUUCUUUAUGCAGCACUUCAAGAAAUUGAGGCUGGCAAUGGUAUACCAGACCUGAUCCAGCUGGUGAGGAAGAUGAGGCAGCAGAGGAAGAACAUGCUGCAAGAAAAACUUCACCUCAAAUUCUGCUAUGAAGCCGUACUAAAACACACAGAACAGGUUCUGCAGCGCCAUGGCAUCAUAACUUCCCCUUGCACCAAGACCCCAAACAGCACUGUAGUGAAGUCAUACUCCCGACAGGAAUCUACAGACAUUGUUCUUGGUGCAGACAUGCCUAUUAGCUCCAUACAGGCCACCGUAGCUAAACUAAGCAUUCGACCACCGAGUGUUGACCACGAACAUGAGCCCACCCAAGACCAGAUGCCCUCUGCUUCUGAAGUGCCAAGCAUAUGGGACCGAGAACCUACAGAUAUGUCACUUCAACCUUCUCAGGACCCUCUUUCUUAUGAGACUAUGCCUGACUCCAUCAGUUCUCCCCUCUCUUGCACCUCCUCUCCAGGCAAGACACUGUCACCUCCCAGUGAUCAAGGGAAUGGGUUCACUGGGUCCACACCUGCCUCCCCCAUCUUAAAUCACCAUCCGUCUACUGAAGCAGCACCUCCUGCCCCCUCUUCGCCCACUUCUUCAUCUCUGGACCUGCUGGCUUCUCUCACACCUGAAGCCUUCACGCUCGACAGCAGCCAUCGAGGCAAGCCGCGGAUCAACAAACAGAGCUUCCUUCAUCCACAGGAGGGCAAAGGCCUUCAGGGGCCUCCAGAGGGCGACGAUCCGCUUAGUAGCUUGGAUCCUCUCUGGACACUCAACAAAAGCUGAAACAACACAACUUUAUCUUUUUUCCAGCAGGCAUUCCUCUGUGAGCUCUUUCUAAACCCUGUCCAAACUACUCCAUUUUUAUGCUUCUUUGUCUUCAUCAUUUUGUGUUAGUCUGUCUUCUUGUGUCCUGAUAAGUCUUUUCAGAUUCUUUCAGUGCUUUUCCGGCCUUGAUCCUGCUGUUUCAGGUUACGUUCUGUAAAUCCAGUCGUCACUCAGCAUGCUCUCCUAAUGCCAUGGUUUUUGUGAUUGCCUGUAAGGUGCCUGAGGUUUGGUUCUUCUUUAGUGGGCCUAUGCUCUUUUAAACCAAAAAUGCUGAGAAUGAAUACAGAGUGAUAAAAACUGAUAGACAUCCAUAUUAUUGUUGCUCUGUCAUUAUCUGCUCGCCCUUUGCCCACAGUGUCGCACUGUGGGUUGUAUAUUAUUAGUCACUGCACUUGUCUUGAAUCUACAGUGAUCUGCAAUUUGUAUGUAGGGACAAAUCAAAGCUGGUGAUGAAAAUACUACUUGAUAUGACUUGAUGUACUCGUUAUACUUAAAACACUUACAUUUCUGAAUAGUCACUUCAGAAAUCAUAGCAUUUUUAUGAGUUGAUUCUAACUUGCCAUUCUUUGAACACUGUAAAUAAAUCUUAAAAGUCA